GGACCUUUGGCGACGGUACCUGGGAGUAGACGUAAGGAUGUUGUAGCCGGAGAUCCUCCAUGUGGUGCCCGAAAAGCGUCCGUGGCGACACUGAGCUCAUACAUAGGGAUCGUCAAGCCUUUGCCGGUCCAAUGUUUGACUUUCGCUCUCUCGCUGUUUCUUCGACCGGCUCCGCUCCUUUCAUCCCACAAGCAUAGCACGCAAAACCUCUCAUUUUGUCCCAGCCUUCUUAACUAUAUACCCUCUCGGGCACUUGUAAACAGUUGGUCAGCCGUCUCAUGAACAAACUCACGCUCUCGAGUGACGAUCAAGACACUAGAUUAUCUCGUUUUACCUCACGUACGGUCGUAGGGAGUGUCAUCAGGCUAUCAUUCCUCGAGUGAUAUGCACUCCGACACAUGGAGCUUACUCUCGAGGCAUACGCUCUAAUAGCAAAGUUAGUAGGGGGUCGAGCAGAUCUUUGCUCUCUUUGUCGGGUCUCUAAAACCUCUCAACUUGCGGCGGAGCGUGCCCUCUACAAUACUAUCCACCUCGCAGAUCCCGAAACAGCCUGCGUCCUGUUCAAUCUCUUCGCCGAACAGCCCCGUGUCUCGCCACUCGUUGUGGCACUAUCGAUUUCCCUUGAAGAUGACGACGAGGCUUCGAACGGUACACCACCGGCCCUACCUUCCGAUUACUGGGAGGUUGUCUCCGGAGGCCUUCAACAUCUCCCGUAUCUUCGAUUCCUUCACAUAUACAUUGACGAUGGUAGCGACCCUCAUAACGCAUGGUGCCUCAACUCAUGCCACUUUCAACUUCAGACUUUCCACUGCGACCUAUCCUGGGACGCGUCACUCGUUACCUUUCUCUCUAAGCAGAACGAGAUCACCGACUUAUACAUCGCCGAUUUUAAUGAAGAUAUCCCCGAAAAUGUAUUACUCAUCCCCCACUCCCUUCGUGGAGCCCGGUCGCUACCUAUCCUACACAAUGUCGAAUGCACCUUCACCGAAGCAGUCGGCGCGCUUGUCCCCGGUCGCCCAGUGACCCGUGUCAAGACAUGCUUCUCUCGCUCUGACAUCGCAGAAAAACGGGCCGAAAUGGCCCUUUUAAUCGCCAACUUACACCUCUCAACCCAAUCCUUGCUGUCAAUCAACGUCGCCGAUUCUUCGUAUACCUCAGCCUUUUCACUCGAGUUCCUUCGGAGCUUGGUAGACGCUAUCAGUCCCGAUCCUGCGCUUCGUUAUUUGGGUGUGCUGGCAUUCCCUGUAGAUAGUAAAGAGCGCUUGAUGUUAUACGGGUAUCUCCGCCGUCUUCCUUAUCUACGAUGCCUUGAGCUCGAGAUAUCCGAAUGGGAUCCGCCACCCCUCACGCCUCUCGCCCAACGUUCUCUCGCAAGAGAACUGCGACUGUACUGCCCCCUGGUCGAGACGGUCAUCUUUACCUUCGACUUUGAGCCCAUGGUACUCAAUGCUGUUGGUGGAACAUGGGAAACUACGCCUGAGAACUAUGCGGACGCCUUGUGGCGAGACUUUUAGACUCCAUCAUGAUUUUAGCGCUAUGUUUAUUGGCUUGCUUUCAUGUAUCAAUAUCUCUCAUCGGUCUGCGCCAGAGCAAAUUGUACAAAUUAGCUAUACCUCUGGUUCGAGGGGCAGUUCGUAUACACCACGGACUCCGCUGUCUUCGUUUGUAUUACUUACCCUGAGUACACGUAAUGUUCACAUCACCUGUGCUUCGCAAUUUGGUUCGCAC